UGUCGUCUCCCUAGCUGUUGGGUGCCGCAAGGAGUUGGGGUCUAACAGGGAUGAUGAAGGCUGUAGGACAACUUCCACGUACUUGUCUAGGGAUUUGAGCACGCACCCAGAGGAGGAUUCGCCCACUGAAGCAUGAGCGUUGGACAUGGCUGCCCCCCGCUGCUGCUCCCGGAGGGGGCCGCUGGCUCCCAGUGCCUGUAGGAUGCUUUGGAAGCAGGGCUUGCUGCUGGCACUGUGGCUGCCUUCGCUGGCACUGGCUGGGACCUCGCCCACCUCGUGCCCAGCUGCCUGCUCCUGCAGCAACCAGGCCAGCCGUGUCAUCUGCACACGCCGGGAGCUGGUGGAGGUGCCGGAGAGCAUCUCCAUCAACACACGGUACCUCAACCUUCAGGAGAACAACAUCCAGGUUAUCAAGACUGACACCUUCAAGCAUCUGCGGCACCUGGAGAUCCUGCAGCUGAGUAAGAACCUGAUCCGUAAGAUCGAGGUGGGCGCCUUCAAUGGGCUGCCCAACCUCAACACCCUGGAGCUGUUUGACAACCGUCUGACCACGGUACCCACACAGGCCUUUGAGUACCUCUCCAAGUUGCGGGAGCUCUGGCUGCGCAACAAUCCCAUUGAGAGCAUCCCAUCCUAUGCCUUCAACCGUGUGCCCUCACUGCGUCGCCUGGACCUGGGUGAGCUCAAGAAGCUGGAGUACAUUUCAGAGGCGGCCUUCGAGGGGCUGGUGAACCUGCGCUACCUGAACUUGGGCAUGUGCAACCUCAAGGACAUCCCCAACCUGACGGCGCUGGUGCGCCUGGAAGAGCUGGAGCUCUCGGGGAACCGGUUGGACAUGAUUCGCCCGGGCUCCUUCCAAGGCCUCACCAGCCUGCGCAAGCUGUGGCUCAUGCAUGCCCAGGUGGCCACCAUUGAACGCAAUGCCUUCGAUGACCUCAAGUCGCUGGAGGAGCUCAACCUGUCCCACAACAACCUCAUGUCGCUGCCCCAUGACCUCUUCACCCCCCUGCACCGGCUGGAGCGGGUGCACCUCAAUCACAACCCCUGGCACUGCAACUGCGAUGUAUUGUGGCUCAGCUGGUGGCUGAAGGAGACGGUGCCCAACAACACCACCUGCUGUGCCCGCUGCCACGCCCCACCCAGCCUCAAGGGGCGCUACAUUGGCGAGCUGGACCAGAGCCACUUCACCUGCUAUGCCCCUGUCAUCGUGGAGCCGCCCACUGACCUCAAUGUGACGGAAGGCAUGGCAGCUGAGCUGAAGUGCCGGACGGGCACCUCCAUGACCUCAGUCAACUGGCUGACGCCCAAUGGGACGCUGAUGACGCAUGGCUCAUACCGGGUACGGAUCUCAGUGCUGCAUGAUGGGACCCUCAACUUCACCAAUGUGACCGUGCAGGACACGGGUCAGUACACCUGCAUGGUGACCAACUCGGCUGGCAACACCACCGCCUCAGCCACACUGAAUGUCUCAGCUGUGGACCCAGCCACCACUGGCUACACUUACUUCACCACGGUGACAGUGGAGACCAUGGAGACAACGCAGGAGGACACUGUGCCAACCAAAAAGGAGCCAGGCCCCACGCCCAGCUGGGAGAUGACCUACUCCACCACCUCGCUGACACCCCGCUCCACCCGCUCCACGGAGAAGCCUUUCACCGUGCCCAUCACCGUGGUGACUGAGAAUGGCAUGAAGGACCUGGACGAUGUGAUGAAGACGACCAAGAUCAUCAUUGGGUGCUUCGUGGCCAUCACUUUCAUGGCGGCCGUGAUGCUUAUCGUCUUCUACAAGCUACGCAAGCAGCACCAGCUCCACAAGCACCAUGGCCCCACUCGCACCAUUGAAAUCAUCAAUGUGGAGGACGAGCUGCCAGCUGCUGCUGGUGCCCCCGGUGACAGCCACCUGGCUUUGCCAGCCCUGGAGCAUGACCACCUCAACCACUACACGGCCUUCAAAGCUCACUACAAUAACAAUGCCGGUGCCCCUCACACCCACAGCAUUUCCUCCAUCCACGAACCUCUGCUGUUCAAGAGCAGCUCAAAGGAAAACGUGCAAGAGACGCAGAUCUGAGGGGCAGGGGCACCCCUCCCUGCUGCCUUGGCCCCCACAGAGCUCCCCCUCCCCACCCCUGCCCUCGCUGCCCGGGACGGGAGGGGAGUGGAGAAAUUUCCCCCCUGGGGGAGGUGGAGCCCCCCAACCCUCCCACAACAGAUUGGCUCGAGCUGGACACCACGACUUGCCCCUCAGGCCCCUCCCAGGCACCCAGACACCCUCUCGUUACCUUCCCUGCCUGCUCCAGGGACCUCCUGCCCCUGUCAUCAAGUCUCCUCUGUUACCUGUGGGACCCUUCUUGCACCUGCCUAAAUAAGGGUCCUCAUCUGCCUAUCCCUGUGUCCUGGCCCCCCUUGCUCCCUCCCUGCUUGCCUGACGAUCCCGCUACUUCCCCAUACAAGAUCCACUCCCUAACCCCAAUUCCAUCCUGCCUACCCCUCUCUUCUCAGCCAGGAGCCCCUUCUUCCCUCCCUGUCCAACCAGGUGGUCUCCAUGUCCACGGGAGGCUCCCUCUUGGCCGUAUUCCCCUUGCCCCAAUCCAAGACUCCCCUAUCCCCUCCUGGUCUGAGACCCACCCCACUCAUCCCACACUGUUCCUGUCCUCUGCCCUCUAGUUUAGCCCUGUUUUAAAUUUGCAGCUUCCUCCAUACAAAAAUCACCAUGAUGUCUACUGCUCCCUCCCCUACCAGCCAAUCCCACCUCACCAUCAAGACCAGGAAGUCCCCUCACCCUAUGCUCCCUCUCUCCCCACAACCUCUUUAAACUGGAGACUUUUUGAUACCCCUGGGCUUCAGCCCAUCCUGAUUUACCUGCCAGAUUAUUAAAAAAAAAAAAAAAAAAAAAAGGAAAAAAAAAGGAAAAACAACACAACAACAAAAGGAAAUGAGAAGAUGCCCUAGAAUCCUUCAGCACUUCACAUUCUUUUCUUUUGGUUUUGGUUUCUAGUCGUGGGAUUGAGCGAAACGAGGAAGGAAACAAAACAAACACGUGAGAGGGGAAAAAAAACGCCAAGAGAUUUCCUAUUUUGUGGUAGCGGCUCUUGGGUCGAGAUUCUGUUUUCAGCCCUGGGCUGGGAGGACAAGGUGCCUGCCCUUGAGAGUGGCCUGAGGCCUGGGCCGUGGGGUUUUUUAUGACUAUGGGACUUGAGGCGCCGCGGCCCCUGCUCCCCGCGCA